UCUGCCCAUCAAGCUAACACCUAAUCUAUAGUUUUGAAUGUUCAUAAAACAAAACAUAAUCAUUUACUCGUUGCUGUGCCCCCACUUGUCAAUUGUGCAUAAGUGAUUAUUUUUACACAAAUCUCCCUUCAAAGCAUAGUCUUUGUGUCCUGCAAUGAAAGCUUCAAAGCAGCAGCAGCAGAAGCAGAAUCAGCUCCAACAAAGAGGAUGCAAGGCCUUGUGUUGCAGCUGCAGGUUCAGUGUUUCUUCUUCUGAAGAAGCAGAAAGCUCAGCCUCUGAUAGGUUCCCUUCUGUUUCAAGCCUUGCACACGCCAUGGUGCAAGAGAGACUUGACCAAAUGAUUAGAGAAAGGAUGGAAGCUAGUCAUGUAGAGAGAAGAAGACAGCAGAGCAGUGAAGGGACAAAGUUUGUCGUGAUGGUAGCAAUGGAGAAGAGCUCUUACGAUCCAAGAGUAGAUUUUAGAGAGUCCAUGAUGGAGAUGAUAGCUGCCAACCGCCUUCAAGACGCCAAAGAUCUUCGUAGUCUAUUGAACUAUUAUAUCUCCAUGAACUCUAAUCAGUACCGUAGUCUUAUUCUUGAGGUUUUUCAUGAGGUUUGUACUAAUUUGUUCUUAUCAUGUAAAUGCCAUUGAUAACGAAUGUGACAUUGCCAGAUUAAGUCAUGAGCCAAGCAAGCUCGGGAUAGUUUAGUUUUGCUUUAUAUUACGUACAGAUCCCAUAUGCAUUAUGUGGAUCACAAAGAAAACAAGUGAAACACAAUAUGGUCGUUAAUUUACAUACAAAAACACUUCAAGUACGUUGGAAGUUCAAGUACUUCAUA